UCUAAACCCAUCGGCCAGACACAAUGACACAAUCAGGGCUCAUCGUAUUGAGCAGGGAGGGCAAUGUGGCCAUAGUGAAGCUAAACCGACCAGAGAAGCGCAACGCAUUAUCGCAGGAGCUGAUAGAUGAACUGAUCGAGGUACUCUCCGAAACGGACAAGGACGCAUCGGUUCGCGUUGUCAUUCUUACUGGCAGCGAGCAGGGGCCUUUCUCUGCUGGGGCAGACCUUGCGGAAUUGGCCCACAUCUCCACAGCGCAAGCCUUCCAACGUGGGUGGCUCAAGGAUCUGAACGAUUCCGUCGACAGCUUCCGCAAGCCUAUCAUUGCAGCUGUGCGAGGCUUUGCUUUUGGCGGGGGCUUCGAACUUGCACUGCUCUGCGACAUGAUCUACGCUGCAGUGGAUGCCAGAUUCGGGUUUCCGGAAAUCAAUUUAGGCACAAUACCCGGCAUGGGAGGCACGCAGCGCUUGAGCAAGACCGUUGGAAAGCAGAAGGCCCUUGAAAUGAUAUUAACUGGGUUGCCUGUCACCGCUCGAGAGAUGGAACAGCGAGGUGUCGUCAAUAAAGUCGUUGACGGAGACGUCCUUGAGGAAGCCCUCCGUGUUGCCCAGCUCAUCGCGGCGCGUUCGGCGCCUGCGCUAAGACUUGCCAAACAUGCAGUCAAGACAGCCGAAAAUACCACGUUGGAGGCGGGAUUGGCAAUUGAGCGGGCCUCGUAUUACGGGAGUUUCUCUUUUGUGGAUUGUCGCGAAGGAAUCGCAGCAUUCCUAGAGAAGCGACCAGCCGCCUUCCUUGAGGAUUGAGCAAUGAAACAGCUCCGUAGCGGCAUCGGUCCUUCUGCAGUGCUCGUACAAGCGUGUCGUUGCUUGCUGGGGCUGGUGUGGCGCUACGAGCUUCCAAAUGGAGUGGGCGGCAAAUCGGAGGAUCCACUUUCCAUCCGAUAAAAUCCAGGCGCAGCAGAUAUGCUACUUGACAUUGAUGUAUAUAUGCAAAAUGGAAGAGAUCGCUGUGUUUGACUGCUGCGCCGAGUUGUGUAUGAGGUUAUCGAGGAGAACGGCAAAAAAGCAUGAGGUGUUGGGGGAGUGGAAGACGCGAUUCACGCACCUACCGGUAUGACGUGAACCCCCAUCAAAACCUAGCAGAGGAAGGAGCAGCCUCAACCCCUGCCCCUCUUCUAAUAAUCAAUGCAAGCGAUUCUCCGCAUAACUGGCGUGAUAAUUACGCCAUUCGCCUGCAAUGCAAGAACGGGC